AUGCAACAACCUGUAGGUAAGAGCCUGGCGAACCCUACAACCCGUGAGUUUUCAAAUUUCUCCAUACCUUUCCACAUCCCCUCAAACCCAAGCAAGUCUAAGCUAAAACUAUUACACAGCCGCGGACAUAUGCCGAUGGGACCCAGGUACUAUGGGGGCAAAAUGUCGUCACGGUGAUUGGAGCAGUAAGAGGGACAAGAAGAUGGUACUACUUUAUUCAAUGGCCCGAGAAUGGCAACCCUCGAUUUAGAUACGUUAGAGAAGAUCAUUUGGCACCGUAUGAUCCCCCACAACCUCCCCUAGGAGAAUAA